UUAAUGAGUAUUUCAUUGUCUGAUGUGAAAUUAUUCAUUGUGAAAAACAAAGAACCAAUCAUCAUCAAUAUCUCUCAGGGCCUGGAAUCAAUUUUUCAUCUCGAAACAUUAGCGGGUACACUAAAUUUAAAACAAUUAAGAGCAAUCUCCCAUCAAUAUUAAUUUACCUUUGGUGGAUACAAGAGAUCCUUUGAAAGUAAGAGUCAAUAACAAAUUUGCACAAUUCAAUCCAAGUGAGCUCGAAAGCUUCUAAUAUUAUAAGUUGCUUCUCUAAAAUGGGUAGUUAGUAGAAGGAAAGAUUUCAUCGAAUGAUGACUACGCUUUCACCUUUAAAAUCAGACAGAUCCCAAACCCUAUGACUAAUAAUUCAUCCAUGUUAUCUAAUUCUCAAUCUGUCAAAAACAAACUCUACUCUAUAGAACGAGGAACAUCGGAAUACCAAUCUGCUUCGUCUUUGAGACAUAGCAUACCCGAAGUCUCCUUUAGUUAGGCUCAAAGGUUAUUCUAUCGACAUCUAUUCUAGAUUUGCAAAAGAGUACCUCAAUACCACAGAAUAUAAUUACAAUGUGCCUGGUACUAUAGGCAGUGGUCGAAAAGCAAGUUUUGGAUAUGGAUCUAAAUAAAUUGCUCACGGAUAUGUUCAAAGAAAUGCAGAAUAGAAUCCUCCCCCGAAUGCUUACUUUCUGGGAAACCCCAUUUUGUUCCGUAAAGAAAAUAAAACUAAUUUGCCCCAAGACGAGAGAUGGAAAAAUUAAAAUCUUGUGACCUUACCAGGCCCAGCUUCUUAUGAAACCUCAAAUUCCAUAGGAUCUGACAAGGUAAUUUAGUUUGAAAUUGCUAUAUAGCCCGCAGCAACCAUUGGGAUAAGGUUUAAACCUGUAAUUACUUUUAAAGAUUCAGUGCCAGCUCCUAAUUCUUAUGAAGUAAACAAUAAACUCAUUGAACAAUCGAGAUUUAAUAAAAUUUCAUUUGGUUAUGGAUAAAAAAUUGAUUUCACCAAAAACAAUCAAACCCCAGGUCCAGGCGCAUAUGACUAGAAAUCAAUAUUUAAAAGAAACACAAAUUAGAUCAUUAAGAAUCUUACACAAUUGCGUCAUAACGAUUGA